AUGGGAGAAAAAGAAAAGUUUGUUACUAAACUUGAAGAGAAAAAUUCGUCUUUAGAGAAUGAAAUUAAUAAGAAAAUUCAAAAAAUAAAUGCUGAUCAUGAGAAUGAAAUUAAAGAAUUAAAACAAACAUUUAAACAAUUAAUUGAUGAUAAAAUAAAAGAAAUUGAAAAUAAAUUUUUGGAGGAGAAGGGAAAAAAUGAAAAUGAGAAGAAAAUAAUUGAGGAGAAAAAUGAAUGUUUAGAAAAUGAAAUGAAAAUUUUAAAAGAAGAAUUACAACAAUUAAUUAAUGAAAAAAUUAAAGAAAAUACUAAUCAAAUCUCUAAUUUAAAUCAAAUUAUUGAACAAAAAGAUGAAAAAAUUAUUUCUUUGGAAGAACAAUUUAAUCAGGUAAUUUAA